GUUGAACUGUGUCUCCUUCUGAAAAAAUAAAGCAGAAGUUGUUAUUCUUUGGAAUUGGGAUUGCGUGAGAGAGAAAAUGGAAGAAUUGUUGGAGUUUUUGAUGGACAAGUGUAGCAAGGGAUUAGAAGAAGCAAAGGAGAAAUGCGUCGAUCCCUCUCUGAAACAUGAAUUAGAAAGUAUUCAAGGCGUUUUGGGUUUGCCGAAAUCGGAGAACAGCUCAUCCACACCGCUCAAAUUGAAGGAUGAAAGCGUAAUGAAGGAUAAACUCUACGACCUCAUCUCCACGCUCACUGACAUCACCGUAUCCCACACCCACAACCGCCCUGUCCGAAUUAUCUGCUCUCCGCUUCAGAUCCGUUCUCGCCGCAAAACCCAGAAGAGACAUCUCGGGCUAAUUAAGGCCGCCCUCCAGGAUCAGCUGGGUCAAGGUCAAGGACCCACCGACGGCUCACCCGAUAGCAAGGAAGAAGAUGGCCGAUUGGGUACCUGCUUCACAUGCUGGAUCAGUAAAAUUAUGACCGUCCCAAAAGGAACCAAGAACAACUCACCGAAUCAAAAGGGAGCAAAUGGUGCAGGGUCAGAUCCCCCCGGUAAAGGAACCAACGACCCCUCAUCUAAUGAAAAGAAAGACGAAUGUUCUGGCCCAAAGACUUCGCCAGAAAUUGAACGGGAUAAUAUUCUGGACUUCGAAGAUAAGCGGCAAGAGAUUGAAGACUGCCUUAAUGUCCAAAAUAGAGGAGGCCACAUUGAAAUUGGGAUUGUUGGGAUGUGUGGUACCGGUAAAACUACUCUCGCACAAUUGGUUUACGACAGCAAGAAAGUGAUUGAAGAGUUUGAACACCGAAUUUGGGUCAACUUGCCCCAUAAAUUGAAAUCAAAUGACGACACAUACUUUGAGAAGAUUUUGAGUGUCAUUUUGAAGCAGUGUGGCGAAGAAGCCCAGUAUAAAAAACAGCAGCUGUUGCGCAUUAUUCGCAACCGUCUGCUGGGGAAGAGCUACUUGCUUGUUCUGGAUGGCGUGUGGAAUGCAGACAUGGAUUGGUAUUUCGAGUUAGGCAAGGCAUUGGACUGGCACUACAAGGAUGGUGAUUUUGGCAAUGAUGGGAGUAAGAGUGCCGUCAUCAUCACCGCUAGACUGGAGGAGCCGGCAAAAACAAUGGUGGGAAUUUCUGCUUUGCACCAUAUCCACCCGCAAGACUUGAAGGAUACUUGUUGGUCCAUAUUCAUUAAUCAAGUUAAGCGAGAGAUUCGAGAGGAUGAUCCGAUCUUGCUAGAAUUGGGGAAGGAUACUCAAUUGAGCAAUGAUAUUAAGGAGCAGUGUGAUGGCCUCCCAUUAGCCGCAGUGACAUUGGCAACAAUCAUUCCCGACCUAAUCCGCCAGCAAAAGGAGCAGGGUGCAGCAGCCCAGCCAGGGUCUUCUGUGGAGGUCCCCGCAUGAGCGUUUGGCUUUCUUCCCCAAAUCCGUUUACCUCCUUUUUUUUUUUUUUUUUUUGGGUUUUGUUUCCUUCCUAGUCAAGGUCAUCUGGAGAACAUAGAAUUCCACCAUAAACUCUCUUAAAAUUGUCUCAUCAGCCUGUGCAAGUAGUGACGCAGAAGCUUCCAUAAGGCAUGGAGUGGAAAAGAAUAUCAACCCAUAAAUUAAUUUUGGAUAAUUUUAUUUAA